AUGGCCUGGUUUCCCUUCCUGCUGGCGCUCACUUAUUGUUCAGGUUCUGUUGCCGAAUAUGUACUUACACAACCGCCAUCUGCCUCUGUGUCUUUGGGGCAAACUGUGGAACUCACUUGCUCAGGGGAUAAGCUGGAUACAAACUAUGUGCACUGGUACCAGCAGAAACCCAACCAUGCCCCUGUACUGAUAAUGUAUGAAGACAGUAACAGAGCCACUGGGAUCUCGGACCGAUUCUCUGGCACCAGCUCUGGCAAAACAGCCACACUGAGCAUUGCCAGAGCCCAAGAAGACGAUGAGGCUGAUUAUUACUGCCAGCAGUGGGACAGCAACACGUAUAUCUUCGGCGGUGGAACCCAACUGUCAGUCCUAGGGCAGCCAACAGUACCUCCAACAGUGAACGUCUUCCCACCAUCCCAAGCAGAACUGAGGAGCUCAGAAAGCCACUUGGUGUGUCUCAUUGAUGGCUUUUAACCGGGUUCCGCCCAAGUUACCUGGCUGGCUGAUGGCACCCCAUCCUCCUCUGAGUGCAGAACAACCAAGCCCCAAGCUGAAUGCAAGUACGCGGCCAGCAGCUACCUCAGCAUGGAAAAGUCUGCCUGGGAGAGGUGUGAGUUCAGCUGCAAAGUGGAGCAUGAAGGGAAGACCUUUGAGAAGCAAGUGAGGAGAUCGGAGUGUGCCUAGAGGCUGGAUGGGUCUGCUGAGUUCCUCAUGCCUCCAGCAGCUGAGAAGAAAGAGGCCUUUCAUGUUCAAGGGGGCCGAGUUUAUUCUCUGAUUUCCUCUAAUGCUACAUUGAUCCUCAAGUUUGGUUUCCUUCCUAUGUCGUUCCACUCCCCACACCUCCU